AUGAGACCGGAGUCGAUGAACUCUAUCGACUUCGGUACGAUCACCAAUCAAUACAGAACGUACCCCUCGCGGUGGUUUGGACUUGCAGUGCUAGUCUUGCUAAACAUUAUGGUUAGCUGGGGUUGGCUCACUUUCUCGCCCCUCGUCUCACAGUCGGCCGAGUUCUACCACGUCGACGAGAGCAUGGUGAACUGGCUUAGCACAAUCUUCGUCUUCGCGAACUUUGCCAUGACCAUCGUGACCCUCAAACUGCUUAGCUGGGGCCUUCGCCCAGCCAUCAUCACCGGCAGCACCCUUCUCCUUCUCGGCAAUUGGGUUCGGUACGCAGGAUCUCGUUCUUACGCAGACAGCAAUAUUGUGGCGGUCAGUGUAGGACAAGCUCUGAUCGGCUUGUCCCAGUCGGUCGUCUUGAGCGCUCCCACACGUUACUCCGAGGUCUGGUUCACAAGUUCUGGCCGCGUAUCGGCCACGGCCAUCAUGAGCCUCGCUAGUCCGGCGGGGGCUGCGAUAGGGCAGGUUGUGAGCCCUCUCUGGGUGCAAGACCCAAGUGGCAUUGGCUCGAUGGUCUUAUAUGUCUCCAUUAUAUCAUCUGCAGUGGCAGUACUUGGAUUUCUCGUACCAGGUGCUCCUCCGACCCCCCCAGCGCCGUCCGGAAUCAUUACGAGCAGGCCAGUGCUGCAGUCUUUGCGCAUCUUCUUCUCUUCACUCGAGUGUUUCCUUAUUUUGAUACCAUUUUGGAUCUUUACUGCAUUGUUUAUUUCCACCUCCUCUCUUCUUAAUCAAAUCUUGUCACCUUACGGCUUUUCUGAUUCUGAGGCCGGCAUUGGCGGUGCCUUGAUCAUAGUUGCAGGUUUGGCAGGCUCUGCUGUUGCGGCUCCUCUUAUAGAUCGAACCAAGAAGUUCACCGCUGCACUUAAGCUGGGAUUGGCUCUGGGAAGUGCUUGCUACUUGGCCCUCAUUUGGGUUCCCUCCACCAGAAGCAUCGGUGGACUUUAUGGCUUGCUCUGUGUUAUGGGGAUCACGUCACUCGCUAUUGUUGCUGUUGCUCUGGAGGCCAUGACGGAGUUUUCGCAUCCACUUGGCCCUGAGAUAACGAGCACAUUUGCCUGGGCAGGCGGACAGCUCAUUGGUGGUUGUUUCAUCUUGGCCGGGGACGCGAUGAAGGCCGGGUCUGAUGCUGCGGUCCCCUACAACAUGACCAGCUUCACCAUCUUUCAAGCUGUCUUGGCAAUCUCAGUAGUGCCUGUAAUCAUGUCACUAGGAAUGUUUGGACGCGGCGAUAAAAUGGUACUCAAGCGAACGCAGUUGGAUAUCGUCUCUGAAUAA